AUGGCUGGCACCCAGGUUGACGCCGGGGAUCCUGCUCCCAAGCGCCGUCGCUUGAACGAUUCUGCGCCUGCGGUUACAAACGGCAAACAGUCGCCGGCCAACAUUGAGUCGUCGCCGUCCUCGUCCGACGAGCCCGCCGCGACCUCCGAUGAUGCGAUGGAGCACCGCCGAGCCAGCUGGUCGGCCAAGAAGACAACGCCCCCUCGCAGACAGUAUAGUCCUCAGUCAAAAAGCCCUGGCGGCUCAGACACUGCGGACGAGCUCGCCAUGAACGGGGAUGCCUUUUGGGAUCGGAAUGCGCGAGAGCAGUCCCCGGCCAAGAAGGCGCCCACGUCACUAGCUGAGAUGAACGGGGACGACGCGCAGUCGGGCGACAAAAUGGAUGCUGAAUCUUUGACCCCGGCGCUUAUCGAGCCCAACGGUGAUGCAGACUCGCGCGCGAUGUCAGUCGAACAACCUGAACGAAUACCCACGCCCGAGCCCGUUCCCCCUCCUCCGCCGCCGAAACCAGAUCAUGUAAACUAUGUUCAAAAGUAUGUUCUCAGAGGCCACCUUCGUGGCGUAUCUGCUGUAAAAUUCUCGCCGGAUCGCACCAUGAUUGCCAGUGGAGGCGCGGAUGGAACUUUGAAAGUCUGGGACACCUCUACAGGAAAGCUACUUCACUCAUUCGAAGGUCAUUUAGCAGGGAUCUCGACUGUCGCGUGGAGUCCGGACAAUGAAACCGUAGCGACCGGUUCGGACGACAAGACAAUUCGGCUAUGGAAUGCCCUGACCGGAAAAGCUCACCCAAAGGCCUUCAGCGGACACCAUAAUUAUGUCUACUCGAUUGCAUUCUCCCCCAAGGGCAACAUAAUUGUUAGCGGCUCAUACGACGAAGCUGUGUUUCUAUGGGAUGUUCGCUCUGCCAAGGUCAUGCGGUCCUUGCCGGCUCACUCAGACCCUGUUGCCGGUGUCGAUAUAUGCCACGACGGCACCCUCGUGGUCUCGUGUUCGUCGGACGGGUUGAUUCGAAUCUGGGAUACAAUGACGGGACAAUGUUUGCGCACCCUCGUUCACGACGACAACCCGCCCGUCAUGGCCGUGCGAUUCUCACCGAAUAGCAAGUACGUGCUGGCAUGGACUUUGGACGACUGUAUACGAUUGUGGGAUUACGUGCAGGGGCGAUGUAUCAAGACAUACCAGGGCCAUAUCAACAGAAAAUACAGUUUAUGUGGAAGCUUCGGGAUCUACGCAACUCCAGACGGGCCACCGCAUGCCUUUGCGGUCAGCGGUAGUGAAGAUGGAGCUAUGAUCUGCUGGGACGUUGUGGGUAAGAAUACACUCCAACGAAUUGAAGGCCAUACAGAUGUUGUCCUAGCUGUUGAUACGGCCGAGCUUGAUGGGAAAAGCCUCAUUGUCAGCUGUGGUCUGGACCAAACGGUUCGUGUUUGGGAAGAGGUCGACAACGUCAGGGUCGAUGGUCCGGUUAAGGUUAAUGGUGAUACUAUGGAAGUGACGCCUGAUCAUGCAGCAGAGGCGGAAACCAAAAGUACAUUUCAUGAAGCACAAAACGGAGUUGAGGAUGACAAAAUGGUUUCUUGA